AGGCUGCCAUCACUGACUCUCAAUACAGGUGCUUCUUUGGGUUGUCCUGGAAGGGGAUGGCGAUGUCAACGCUACCACACCACCGACUGACUGCCAGGACCAACCCCUGCCUGGACGAGGCCCACGGACCGCACCGAAGUAUCCUCUGGAUGUGGAUAAUGAGCCCCAUUGGAGGAGGAAGCCAUUAGUGGACCAGGUUUUCCCAGGGAGGAGGCGGUAAACAAUAACAAGGAAGUGACAGGGUGUGUGAGACUGUGUGUGUGAACCCAUGGUGAUGGCAACCACCAGCAGGGCUAUAUAAGCCCACGGAGAGAAGGACACAGGCAACCCACACUCUUCCACUCCAAACCGGACACUCUGGGAACACCUGAAACUUGACCGACACUAACCAUGGGUUGCUCUGGAGGUUCAGGAGGCUGCGCGUCCGGCUGUGGGGGCUGUGGAGGCUGCGGCAGCUGUGGAGGCUGCGGUGGAGGCUGUGGAUCUGGGGGCUGCGUGCCCGUGUGCUGCACGACCUGCUGUAAGCCAGUGUGCUGCAGCUCUGGUUGUGGCAAAGGAGGCUGUGGCUCCUGCGGAGGCUCCAAAGGAGGCUGCGGUUCGUGUGGAGGCUGUGGAUCCUGUGGAGGCAGCAAAGGAGGCUGUGGAUCCUGUGGAGGCUGUGGCUCUUGCGGAGGUGGCAAAGGAGGCUGUGGCUCCUGUGGAGGUGGCAAAGGAGGCUGUGGCUCAUGUGGAGGCUGUGGUUCCUGCUGCCAGUCCAGCUGCUGUGUGCCCUGCUGCUCUCAGACCUGCUGCUGUGUGCCGUGCUGUAAGCCCACCUGCUGCCAGACCAGCUGCUGCGUGCCCUGCUGCUCCCAGACCAGCUGCUGCGUGCCCUGCUGUGCGCCCUCCUGCUGCCAGACCAGCUGCUGCGUGCCCUGCUGCUGCCAGUCCAGCUGCUGUAAGCCCUCCUGCUGCCAGACCGGCUGCUGCGUGCCCUGCUGUAAGCCCCCCUGCUGUGCCCAGGCCAGCUGCGCUCACCCCCUCUGCUGCCAGUGUAAGAUCUAAUGCCGCUCACCGGGGCCUCUUCCAGGGCGUGAACCAAUUCCCAAUUUGGCAGUGAUCAUCCCUCAAUCGAUAGAUCCUCUGCAAAGUUCUCCAGGUGAGGCCCUUCCCCCACGUCGUCCCCCACUUGGCCGAAGAAAACAGGACUCCUCCCUAGACAGACAAACCCCAGGUGAUGGA